CCACUCUAACACACAAAACAAACCCUCAGCCUUUUCACUCUUUUUCACUCUCAAUGGGCGCUCCUCACCAGCUUUCUUCUCUUACUUGUAAUUUGACAAUCAUGCAAGCAAAAAACGUGGAUUUUAACUCCAGUGGCACACUCUUUGUCAGAUACUAUCUUUCUGCAGGAAACAACAAAAGAAUUCGGCUUAACACCCGAGAAAUCUCUUCCAAAUCCGAUCUCUGUUGGAACGAGUCCUUCUCGUUGGAUUGCUUUGGUUCCCAAGACUCCAUGGAUAGCCUAAAGCAAGAAAACGUGGUUUUCGAGCUCCGGCGGAGGAACAAAGUGCCUGUUCUUGGGAGGAUUGGUGGGUCACAACUCUUGGGGAGGGUAGAGAUUCCGUGGAAAGAAGUCUGUGAGUCACCGGACAUGGAAAUGGUGAAGUGGGUCCCGAUGGGACACGUGGGUGUCAGCAAGCCGCCUAAGCUGCAAGUGGGGAUGAAAGUUCAAGUUCCUGCAAUGGAGGAGAUGGGGAGAAGGAGAAAUGGGAAUGUCAAGAAGUGGGAUGAUGAGUGCUGUGGGUGUAAAGAUUUUCAUGGGUAUAGUUGUGAAGAUUAUGACAUUUUUGCACUUGCGGCUGCUUUUUAGGCCUUUUAGGCACACUUAAUUGUUUUUGUAAA